UUGCCUUAAUGACGUAAGGGCAGCCCAGGAAACAGACUUGGAAAAAAUGGUGGUUUUCCGGAACGAUCCGUGCGGCAUUGUGUGCCUUUUUAUCACUUAUUUUGCGGUACUUUACGCCGAUUACGUAGUGGUAGAAUGGCUUAUAAUUCCCACCAUGUUCGACAGCUUAUGGGGUGCCUUCCAUGGACUUGUGUUCAACUUAAUUGUCUUAAUGAUCUUCAUGUCACAUCUAAGAGCCGUGCUCUCUGACCCUGGUAUUGUUCCCCUUCCCAGCAUCAAUCUGGACUUCACCGGCAUGAGAGCUGGACAAAUCCCAAAGAAACUAGUCACAAAGGAUGGCAUCAACUGGACAGUCUGUCAAAAGUGUGAAGCCUACAGACCGCCACGGGCCCACCACUGCCGGAUAUGCCGACGAUGUAUACGUAAAAUGGACCACCAUUGUCCGUGGAUCAACAACUGUGUCGGCGAAUUCAACCAAAUUUAUUUUAUUCAGUUUCUAUUUUAUGUGGGUAUUGCAGGGUUGUAUGCUGUGAUUGUCACCAUCAUAUCCUGGACGUACGAUUGUCCCAUUUGUCAGAACAUGAUACAGAAAAAUGCAAGAAUAGCUCACAGUAUCGUCUUAGUGGUGCUGUCCCUACUCUUUGGUUUGUUUGUCGUAGCCAUUGGAUGCGAUCAGUUCCAAGCAAUAUUUGAAGAUGAAACUGCUGUUGAACAAGUGAAGAACAAGCACGACAAAACGGGGAAUUCCAACGGCUAUCGAAGCAUCAAAGGGGAGAAGUCCAAGAUGAUGCUGCUACAGGAAGUCUUCGGCAAAGGAUCUGUCUUCUCGUGGCUGUUGCCGUGGCGCACCGCCCGCCGCGUUCCCCUGACUCCGCCCAUGGACUGGGAUGUAUGACAUGCCGUCUCUUUAGCGCCGAUUGUCUUCAACUUUUUUCCUUUUCAUUGGUAGCGGACUGUGGCGAGUCAGUAAAGACCAUACAAAUAUAUGAUCUGUGUACUUACAUGAACCACAAGAUGGAACUGACUAAGCACAGAAACUUAACUGCUAAGCAAAAACAGGUCACCAGCCAAAAUGCCAUGCGAUGUAUAUGGCUUGUGACUGGUACUCUGCGGAAUUUUUGCAAAUAAUAAUUUUGCAAUGCAAUAUUUUCUGCUUUAGCUUUAUGACAUUUGGCCAUGGUUUGAGAAUCUGUGCAUCUGAAAACUACUUUUAAAAAUGUGUUAUAUAGCAAGACAGAUUUCAAGCCAAAAUACUGGUGUUUUCGCUAAAUCUGCCUUUAACCUGAAUCUACUGGUCGUUUUCGCAUAGCACCAUCCUGAAUCUUUCAAAAUCCACCACUAUCGUGACUAUGCCAUGAGAUCCCAGCAACUCGCGUUCUUUCUUCUUUAACUCUCUUUUUGGCUCGAACCUCUGCUGAGCGGAGCAACAUGCAGUACUCGGGCCUAGGCCAAAUUUCAUGGCGCUGCUAAGCGCACACGAUUUCCUGCUAACAGAGCCUCCGUCUAUUUCAUGGAGACCGUAAGCAGUAAUCACGGUAAAAGGGACGCUUACCUGAGAGGAAAUGAAAUAGUGCUUAAGGUUAGCACAGGUUGCUGGUAUACCGGUAAUUAGCACAACGUUCCUGCUAACUGUUAAGUAGCGCCGUGGAAUUGGGCUCUGCUCAGUGUAGCAAGAUCAAUCAGCUCAAAAAUGCCUCGGAGUCUGUGGUCACUAACUUCAAGCAUGAUGCAACUGUGGCAUUGUUCAAUGGGACUAGCUCUCAUUAGGCAUGUUAGGGAGGUUUAGCAGUGCAACCUUCGCGAAUGCAAAGGCCAUUUAUGGGUUGACGUGUACGCAGACAUUUUACGUUCAUCCACACACCCAUAAACCAAACCCCCCCCCCCCCAAUCGGAAAAUUUGUUAGUCCUAUAAGCAGGCAUGCAGCUGGAAAUUUAGAAAACGAGGAAAUUCAAAAAUACACAAGACUAAACAGUAUUUUUCAAUUUGUUAUGGCUUCAUGAAAAGUAAAAUCAUGGAAAUCAGAGGAUCUGAUGCCUGUAUAAGUGACCAUGGUUAACAGGUGUAACAGAAAAUGGGCAGCCUCCACCCCCCCCCCCCCCCCCACCACCUACCCUUCUAAGGUGAGAACCCUGGCUACGCCGCUGCAUCACACAUAGUAUACCUCGACUACAACACUGCGUCCCUCUAUUCCAUUUAUCGCUGAUGAUUUUUUAAUAGAAAAUGUAAUGCAGGUUUUAAUUAGUGUUUUUUGUAUUGUUAAUACUUGAAUUUGUCGCUGUACAUUUGUAAAUUACAGGUAUUAUCACAUCAAGGCCAUUCUGAUAACUAUGAUAUGUAAUCAAUCAUCAGUUUAUUUAUCCUUUUUAAUUGUAUAAGAAUCUGCUGUCUUCUUCUAGGCCUAUAUUAAUUUUGUGCUGUUCUGUUCUGAUUGACAGGUUUUUUUAUAUUAGGUAACAAAAGUUAGAAUUUUUUAAACAAGUGUAUACCUAAAACUGCCAUUCCUGAUAUUAUUUGAUGUAUGCAUCAUGUUCUUGAUAUUUGUUGUUUAAAACUGCCACAGGGAAUCUUUAUAUGUGGAACGCUGUGGUCCAAUGGUUACGGUGUUUGACACACGUGCCGUAGGACGUAGGUUCGAACCCUGACAGGGAACAUGGUGUUUGUGUUCUUGGGCAAGACACUUUACUACAAUUGCCUCUCUCCACCCAGGAGUAUAAAUGGGUACCUGUGAAGGUAGAGACCAGGAUGCGCUGAUCUCCAGCUGCUGCAAAGACUGGUCUCGUGGCCUGAUGAACAGGGGUAAUAAUUGUGAAGCGCUUUGAAACCUUUGGUAUAAAGCGCUGUAUAAGCACUAGAUUAUUAUUAUUAUUAUUACUACAUGUAUUAUUUUAUUUGGUAUUUGGGAUUGAGUCAUUCACAUUAUGAUACAAUUUUUCCACGAAUGGGAUCAACAAGCUUAUUUUUGUUGUAUUUCCUAUCAAAAUUUGAACAGUAAAUUUAACCAAUUUAUUUGCUAUGUAUGAUCCCAGUUCACUUUUUCUUGUGUAAUAAAAAUGUAUAAUACAUGCAUCAAUAUAUACAUGUACUCCCCGUCUAUGGCUGCCUAGUCUCCAAUGUGAAAUCAUUUCUGUUUGAUAAAGGCCUGCGAUGUAUUUAUAUUGAAACACCAAUAGUAGUUUUGGAAAAUCAUGUACAUGUAUUUUUAAUGAAAGGGGGAGCAUCAGGGAAAAUAUAAGGUGGAUGCAUACAUUUUGUUGGCAUAAGUAAAUGUGAAUUUGUUAGAAUUAAUUAGUUUUGUGCAAUAAAAAAAUGUUCAUCACAAA